GACAUUUUCAAUCUGUUCCCCGAUGACCUGAAGACGACGACGUCUGAAGCCCAAGAAAAGACAGAGAAAGAAUGUCUCCCACUCUUGACAGGCGAUCAAGCUCUGGGACUCCCUCUCAAUAGUCACGGGAUCCCUCACCUCAACCGUGUCAAGCAUGCUGCGUUCUUGGAGGACUGGAUCGACGAGCUCCCCGGACCGUAUGUCGCCAUGGACGCCUCUCGUCCGUGGGUGUUUUACUGGGUCAUGGCCGGUCUGUCAUUCAUGGACAACGAUGUCACGCAGUACAAGCAACGAUUGAUGGAGACUGUCAUGCCGCUGCAGAACCCCUCGGGAGGCUUCGGCGGUGGACAUGGACAAUCCAGUCACUGUGCCGCUACAUAUGCCACUCUCUUGGCACUCACAGCGGUCGGCGGUCUGGAAGUAGUCGAUCGCAAAGCCAUGUGGCACUUUCUCGGCCAAGUCAAAGAAGCAGACGGAGGUUUCCGCAUGGCGAUUGGUGGAGAAGAAGACGUUCGAGGAGCAUACUGCGCUAUGACCGCCAUCACUCUUCUCAACCUUCCUCUCGAACUUCCUCCUGAUGCACCGGCUCGUGCCGCUGGCUUGACUUCCUUCCUCGACGGACUCGGAGACUGGAUCGGAAAAUGCCAAAGCUACGAAGGGGGCAUUGCGGGCGCACCUACCAACGAAGCUCACGGUGCUUAUGCGUUCUGUGCACUGGCUUGUCUGAGCAUCAUCGACGCUCCUUACAUCAGCAUUCCCAAAUACCUGAAUGUCGAAGCGCUGCUGACCUGGCUCACCAGCACGCAAACUUCACCCGAAGGAGGUUUCGCAGGACGAACCAACAAGCUCGUCGACGCCUGCUACAGCCACUGGGUCGGCGGAUGCUGGGCACUCAUCCAAGCAGCCAUUGCCGGAAGUACCAACAACAAUAACCACACCAGUACCAAACAAAUCCCUCUAUGGAAUCGUGUCGGCCUGAUUCGAUAUUUGCUAUGCUGUGGACAACAGCCCGGAAAACGAGGCGGCAUGCGAGACAAGCCUUCGACCCGACCAGAUGCAUAUCACACGUGCUACUCUCUCGCGGGAUUGAGUGCUGCGAUGAAUGACUUUUGCUAUAAUGAUGUGCAACACGGUUCUACGACGGAUGAGAGUGGGAGAUUGACUGCUGCGUUUCAGUGGACAGCUGCAGCACCUACUGCCGAAGAGAGAAAGGCUUUGGUGAUUGAUGUGGAGGAUUUGGUGGUGCCUGUGCAUCCCGUGUUUGUGCUACCGAUGGGCGUGGUGGAGCAGGCGAAGAUGCAAUUU